GUGAAAUUCGUCUAAUCCUUGGUCUAAGCAUUGGCCUUCCAUUAUUCAUUCUUCUUUGCGUUGUUAUUUCUGUGUCAACCUACUGUUGGGCAAAAAAAGAAAGGCAACCUCAUGACCUUCACAGUUUCAAUAAACAUAAGUAAGCUUAUCAAGAAAAAGUCAAAUAAAUAAAGAUUUUAACUAGAACCAAACACGGCAAUUUAACUCGAAAUUAUCCUUCAAUACAAUAGGGUGGCUAGUUACCCUGAUCUGAAUAUAAAGUAUGAGUUUCUUUUAAAAAAUAGCCUUUAUUAGUUGCUGGAAUAGGAAAAUACAUAGUUAAUUAAUGGUAAACAUAUGCUGAAAGCAACUUUCUUUGUUUCUGCAUCUUCAGCAAUGAGAGGACAAUUUUAUCCAAGCAGCUUUAUUUUGGAGACAAAGGUUGCAGAACAGUUCAGCCUGGCGCCCAGGUACACUAAUUUACGUUCAUUUACAAAUUAUGUAAUCUGUUUUAUCGUAGUAGUUGAAAUUAUUUAGGAAAAAAAAUUCUGAAAGUUUGUUAGACCUAGGCUGCAGAUGAAAUUUCUCUGAAUUUUAAAAAAAAAAAUUUGUUUGACCCAGAAUGCAGUAUUUAAAAUUUAAGGUAACUUUCAAAUUAUUUUGUAAAAACUUAUACUUUUAACACCUGCUUUACCUGAACCCAAGGAAGGAAGGUCCAAUAAAGGAUUUAGAUAUGCAUCAAAUAAUAUCUAGUAAGUUUCUUGUUGUACUGUCUUUAAUUCUAAUAUACUUUAUAAAAUUUCAAGACCUGUUGCAAUUAUCUCACGGUUUUUUUGUGUGUGUUUUUUUCUUUCCCAGGCCCAAGCAAGGGUUUGGAGUGCUAAUACUCGGCAUUUCUGGCUACCCGGGGCAGUAACCGACUCAACAGUCAAAUUGAUUUUUGAACAUUUAAUAAAUAAAAAUAGGAUCAACAAUAAAUUAAACUAGAAAUUAAACACAGUUUGCACAGAAGAUCAGAGAUUUUCCACACACAAAAAAGCUGCGUAAGAUGUCAAAUAUCAGUCAAGACGCUUUUUUCAAACACGGCUAAUGCAGUUGCAGCAUUCAUCAUCUGUGCUUUUCCUGCAUGCAUUGGCAUUCCGCCAAAUUUGAUCUAGAAAACUCCCAGUCUUUCGUUCCUAGAAAACUCACAGCCUUCGUUCUGAUGUGUAAAUGUUCUAGCAACACCCUGAUCCAUAUUUUGAGGGAUACUCGAGUCAUAACAUUUCAAGUGUCUUGUUUCGACAUGCUUGCUUAGGCCUGUGCAUCUCAAGAUUGAUGACGGCAGCGAAAACAGUCACUUGUGCCUCAUAUGUUUGCUGAUCCAAGCCUUUAACUAACUCCUUUUCAUCAGUCACCAUCUGAUAUUGCUUUAAUCAAUGUGCUGUCAAUCUCCAUCAAAUGUUUCGGUUGUUUACAUUGAUGAGUCUAGCCAUUGUUUUAAUUUCACGGCCCUUGUCUUCUGAUCAGUUGCCACUGAGAAGCAGGAGAUAUUGAGACUGAGAGAAUAUAGACUUGCUUCACUCCAGUCGAAACCAGUCGUUAAUCAAUAGCAGACAGCAUUUCAUUUAUAAUACAAAGUGCGCAAUAACACAUACUGUUCACAAUAACUCAAACUGUGCACAAUAACCCAGACAGUGCACAAUAACCUAGACUGUGCACAAUAACCGAGAUUGUGUCGUCAUAUUGAGCUGUAUCCUUUUAUCUGUAACUCACCUUAACUCUGUUGAUCUUACAGGUUACACAAUGUCUUCAAAACGAUACAUCAGCUUGUAAUAAGUCCAACAACUUAAUCGAUUAAUAACUGAGUUUAUGUGUUAUACAAACGAUCUGCUGCACUUCAAGUAAUCUGCAAAUUCAUCUCUGUAAGAGGGACUUGAGACCCCAUGCCCCCUUUUAGUGCGGAAACACUUUCAGUUAACACCUCGUUCAAUUAACACCCCAUUCGUUUAACAUCCCAGUCAGUUAACACCUCGUUUAGACACCACAUUAUGACUGUGACAAUUCAUGGAUUAAGACCUUGUUCAUUGUCCUGUCUUAUUAAGAUUUUGCUUAUUGUCCUGUCUUAUGCUUUGCAGAUACAACAAGAAAACCAAGGCCUGGGGAGAAAGAGGGUGUAGGUAAGUGGUUGUUGUGUCACAUACCCUGCAAAAGAUGGUGUAGAUGGUUGGUUUAUGUAUGAUAUACCCUACUAAAGAUGGUAUUGUUUAGUGGUUGUGUGAAAUACCCUAAAAGGCCCAUUGUUUACUCAAUAUUUAAAAAAAACAAAAAAAACAAUUAGAUCCAGAGCCUUGGCAAGACCGUUUCAAUCAUAAAAUUUACAGAUGAUACCACCAUCGAUGGCUUAAUAUCUAAAGGAGAAAGGUUAUAACAAAAGUUUGAAGCUUUAUCAGUUGGUGCGAUGAAAAUUUUCUUCAGCCGAAUGUCUCAAACAGGAAAGAAAUUUUGUUGUCCAUUUCCGAAGGGAGAAUCACCUAUUUCAGAUCAUGCAAUAAAAGAAUCACAGUACAGAGCAAGUCAACACAUAUCAAUACCUUGGUGCCACCAUUAAUAAUAAGCUGGCAUGUCAUGAACACAAAUUCUGUAUAAAAAAUGUCAACCAAAGACUUUUCUUUUUUAAAAUAUUUAUACAAAUUCAUCAUGAACAAAACAAGUUAUUAACUUAUUUUACAGUACUACAAUCAGAAGCCAACUAAAUUUCAAUAUUACCUGUAGGUGUGUGAAUUUAUCCCCUGACAUCAAACACUGACUAAAUAGAAUAAUCAUUAAAACAUAAACUAAAGGAGGAAAGACGUCAUGAUUUCUUUUUUUCGGUCUGAUAUAAUGGUAAGAAAUGUGUUUAUAUGUAUCCUUAUAUAUAUAUAUAUAUAUAUAUAUAUAUGUUAAGGGUAGACUAAAUGGUUAGGAUUUGGGUUGUUUUGGAUAACCUAUUGUUUCUGGAGAGUUAGUUUCUGAAAACUUUCCAUUCAAAAUGUUUUUGCAUGGAUUAUACUCUUACAUUAGACGCAUGUUGUAAUUUGUUGUGACUUUCAUUGAACAAGGGUGCUUCGGGACAGCAUCACCACCAGCUACAAUGUGGGCUUGGCUGCUCUUGGUAUCGGCAUCAUGAUGAACAUUGGAGGCCUGGCCAGCGCUGGGUGGAGGUUCGAUGGAGGCUAUACUAUGGGACUUUGGAUGCUGUGUAUCAAUGACAACUGUGCCUCUAUUCCGGAUUCCGAUAAAAAAGGUAAAUAAAUCAUUUUUUGGCAUAAUUUAUGACUGAAAUUUAUGUUAAAUUUUAAUUUAAGUAAAUUGUCAAAUCUGUGUGAAAUCUUUGUUUGUGCAGCUCAUGGCAAUAACGUACAACUAUCUCUCCUGUUAUUUCUUGUGAAAUCUUUGUUUGUGCACCUCAUGGCAAUAACGUACAACUAUCUCUCCUGUUAUUUCUUGUGAAAUCUUUGUUUGUGCAGCUCAUGGCAAUAACGUACAACUAUCUCUCCUGUUAUUUCUUGUGAAAUCUUUGUUUGUGCAGCUCAUGGCAAUAACGUACAACUAUCUCUCCUGUUAUUUCUUGUGAAAUCUUUGUUUGUGCACCUCAUGGCAAUAAUGUACAACUAUCUCUCCUGUUAUUUCUUGUGAAAUCUUUGUUUGUGCACCUCAUGGCAAUAACGUACAACUAUCUCUCCUGUUAUUUCUUGUGAAAUCUUUGUUUGUGCACCCCAUGGCAAUAAUGUACAACUAUCUCUCCUGGUAUUUCUUAUUAUAUUAUAUUAUGCAGGCUUUAUCCUGUUAUAUGAUGUAACAUAUUUCCUUUAAUAUAACGAAGUAUCUAUCCUGUGACAUGUUAGAUUAUCUAUCCUGUGACAUGUUAUCAAUCCUGUGAUAUGUUACAGUUUCCAUGUAGAUUGUAUUUGUAACUUAGACAUAACAUUCACACGAGGUGAUGAAAAAGAAAAAAAAAUUAAUCCGUUUCACAUGGGGGGGGGGGGGUUAUGAAGUCUAAAUAAAUUAGAGGUUACUGGACUUUGGUGAUUAUUAAGUUCAAAAGAGUCCCAGAGCCCCCUAAAAUUUCCCAGGCAUUCCGCCCACUCCCCCAGCCUCCUUUUCUCCACCUCUGCCAUAACAACUAUGAGCUUUCAAUACCAUGGACUAAUAAAAUUUCUAAACAAAACAAAAAUUUUGAGGUAUUUAAAUAGACAGAGAUAUUAUUUAGAGUUUUCAGGUUAUAAUUUUCUUCUAGAAUUUAAAACAGAUGUUUCUAUAAUAUUUUCUCCUCUUCUCCCGCACUCUUCCAUUUCAACCUUCAUUUUUCAGGUAGCGUAAAAGUUGGUGAGGCGUCCUCCAUACUGGGUAUUAUAUUCAAUGGAUUCGCCUUUGUCUUGGCCGCUACCUUCCUAGUACUUUCCCCAUGAUUGGCCUUGUCCCGAUUAAAUUACGCCGCCCUUGCAUAGAGGAAUGUUAGGAAGUAAGCUAAGCCUGGCUGAACAGUGAAAUCUAAUAUACUGACGUUACACUACUAGCCAUCCUUUUGAGACAACAUAUAGGUAACUGAGGAAACUUUAAUAAAAUUUUGACCCCUCCCCCCACUUACUCCUACCCCAGUUUGCACAGAAAGAUGAGGAUAUAAUUAGUGUGAAAUCCACCUCUAUUUUAAAAGACAUUAUGAAAAGUAUGUCUACCAAUUAAGUCUGGCCAAGAUGCAACAAUUUAUUUAAAAGCUUGUAAUUUAACCUAAGCCUACUUGUAGAGUUUGGCUAUUUUAAUAAAAAUGCAUUCUAGAACCUUCUACGCUCAUCUGGAACUUACUAGAAACUUUUUAAAAAUGUCUUUAUUUCUAAUUAAAUAAUAUUUGAGGACAGCCCCAAAGACUUAUAAAGACAUAAAUACGACACUAAUGUACUAAUAUAGUCUUAAAACCCUUGAAUAUUCUAGAAUAAUGUAGAAACCAGGGACUUCAUGUGGGUAGGGCAGGGUGGGGCAUCUGUUGUCCCCCACACAUAAAAAAAAAAACCUGAAAUGACGCCUCUUGUAGAAACUUCAAGAAACUUAUUAAAACAGAUAUUUUUUUAAAAAGUACAUGUACACAACGACCAAAUAAUUCUUUAAAUAAAAAUUAAAGUUAAAAAUGUUAAAGUUGUCCCAUUAAGGUCGGUUGGAAAAUGUAAGAGGUAUGGCGUAUAUCGAAAAUGAAAUGAUGGCACAAAUAGUGGUGAAUAGUAUGAGUUCAAAACCCUCCUGUUUUUUUAAAAUCUAUUUCUUCAAGUUUGGUCUAGAGCAGUGGUCGGCAAACCCAUUAUCAAAAGAGCCAAAAAUCAGCAGCAGGACGGAUACAAAAUUUUUGAGAGCCCCAUUUCUUUUCAAGGACCUGUCAAGAAGGUAUUUUUUUUGGAGUGAAAACCAAUAUGUGGCUGACUGGCUGAGCCGCACUCAGGCCACUAUAGAGCUGCAUGCAAUUGGCAAGCCCAGAUUUUCCUACCACUGGUCGUUAAGUUCAUUAUUUGAACUUUUAUUGAUAUAGCUCAAAUAAGACGAAAUGACAUUUGGGCCCCCACCCCUGAACAGGAAAUGAAAAAAAAACGAAACCUCUUCAAUAAAUUCUUCAGAGCAAUGAAUUGAAAAAACUAUACAGUGACGUAGGAAGAGGGCGGUGUGGUAUUUUGGCUAAUUGCCGAUUUUUUUUCUUGAGGAAGUGGGGGGGGGGGGCAAAUGCUCGCCACGUCCCUGGUGGCACUAACCCCCAGCUACGCUACUGCAACUAUGUAUUCCAAGUCUUAUCGAUAUCCAUUAAUCCAUGUAGAAAUAGGUUUAAGCAGGCAUAUUUUCUCAUACAGAUAGCACAGGGGUUGGCAAACUCAUUGAUCAAAAGAGCCCAAAAUCAGCAGCAGGACGUUUAAUUUUUUUUUUUUUGAGAGCAAAAUUUUUUUCAAGAACCUGUCAUAAACCAUAUUUUUUCAUGAGUCAAAACCGAUAAAUAUCCUAUGUAAAAUUUGCAUUAUGUAGAGGAAGUGAUGUUGGACAGGUUAUUACACUGCUUUAUUAAAACAUGUUAAAUAGGUAAAGUAACUUGCCAGGUAAGAUCUCUUAAAGUGGCGCAAACAGCAGGCAGUUUACAAAAUGCAAGCUUGGAGCGGUAGGUGGGCGGGAAAAUUGGGGGGUGAGGGGGAGAUUUAGAAGGUAAGUCUUGAUUUCAGACUCACUAUUGAAAAGAAUCAAAAAACUACACAAGGCAAUACUGCUGUUCAGAUAUGCUGACAUAGUUAGGCAAUGCUGCAGUGCAGAUAUGCUGACAUAGUUUUCUGUCAACAUCCUCUUCAUGCAUAAGAAAUAAGUAGGUGGCGGGUUGGGCCUGUGGGGAGGGGUUGGGGGUAAAGGGGCUUUAAAAACCCUGUCAUAUGUCUGGAACUAACGCUAGAGAUGCAACCUUGAAAAUGUGAUUGCCUUUUAUGAAACUGCUGUUAUUUGACCCUUUGAAAACGUUCUCAAACACGAGAACAGUAAGACAGUGUUAGCGAGCAAGGCAACCCCCUAGACUCGUCCACGAUCACACACAAAUUUUUCUCUCCAUCUUUAUCAAAGGCUGCUUCCGGGAGGCUUAACGUCCAGCUACCCGGUUGGACUGGCCACCAUCGGCAUAUGCGUCAUCAUCAACAUUGCCGGUGUGGCCACCCUGAAUGGUUGUCUUCAUCAAUUCCCAACCCACCAUUUAUAAAACUAAGUCUUGGACUGUGGAGGCUGUGCAUCCAAGAUGAGUGUGGAGACCAACCCUACACAAUCAAAGGAGGAAAGACGUCAUGAUUUCUUUUUUUCGGUCUGAUAUAAUGGUAAGAAAUGUGUUUAUAUGUAUCCUUAUAUAUAUAUAUAUAUGUUAAGGGUAGACUAAAUGGUUAGGAUUUGGGUUGUUUCGGAUAACCUAUUGUUUCUGGAGAGUUAGUUUCUGAAAACUUUCCAUUCAAAAUGUUUUUGCAUGGAUUAUUAUUUGUUGUACAGGGUAUUAUGGUAAUUUGUUGUACAGUGUAUUACGUUAAUUUUUUUACAAUAUAUUAUGGUAAUUUGUUGUACAGCACAUUGUGGUAAUUUGUUGUACAGCGCAUUGUGAUAAUUUGUUGUACAUUGUAUUAUGGUAAUUACACAUCUACUUUCAGUUGUUUCAUUUAUAAAAUUCUUUUUUUUUCCUGCCAAGUCCCAUAUCAUUAAUGUGUUACCUUGAUAGAUAACCAGGGUUUCUGAUAACCCGUGUUUCAGAUAGUGUUUCACAUGAGCAUUUCAGAGAACUGGCAUGAUGGAGUGAUUGAUUUUAAACUUUGUCCUGGAAUCAUGUACUUCGUAGAAUUAAAAUGCAGUUGUUACAAAUACAAACUUACAAAUCACACCAAAAAUCCAAACGCUUUCGUUUAUUGUUUCUUCAGACAUCUUGAAGGUCUUUGAGGCGUUCGCCAUAUUGGGUGUUCUACGGUAGCCGCUUUUGUCUUGGCCGCCAUUUUCUUAGUACUUCCCACGGUGUUCAGAUCCCCUGGGAAAGUACUCACUGACGCCGCCUCUACCUUAGGAUUAGCCGGAGGUAAGUUACCCACAGAGUAAAAUCCAGGACGAGGAAAAGUUAGCUAAGGAGGUUAGUACUUCCCACGGUGUUCAGAUCCCCUGGGAAAGUACUCACUGACGCCGCCUCUACCUUAGGAUUAGCCGGAGGUAAGUUACCCACAGAGUAAAAUCCAGGACGAGGAAAAGUUAGCUAAGGAGGUAGUCCACGCAGGGUGUCACUUUUUCUUUAUAUGGAGGGGGGGGCAUUUUUACAGACAAUUUUUUUUUUGUGGAGUGGGGUUGACAAACUAUCCUAGUUUGAUGGCACUAGCCCUAGCUGAUAAGACAGUGGCUCUCAACCUUUAAAAUGCAGCGACCCAUUAAUACAGUUACUCAUAAUGUGGCGACCCCCAGCCACGAAAUUAUUUUCUUUGAUACUUUAUAACAGUAGAGUAUAUGUGUUUUUCGAUUGUCUUAGGCAAUCACUGGGAAAGGGUCCUUCGACCCACAAAAGGGUCGUGACCCACAUGUGAUAAGCUUUUAUUGUGAUACAGGAAUAGAAGUGAAAGCUUUUGUUACAUCAAACAUACUGAGUCAUGAAAAAAACAUAUCCGGAAGAUAGUAAGACAUAAGUAAAUGGCUUGUUUUUAAUGAACUUAAUGAACUUAACAGACAAAAUACAGCCAAAACUUCGUUUAUUUGUUCAUUAAUUUAUUUAUUUUAUUUUUUUGGGGAGGGGGAUAAUUUUUGAAAGCCCACUCUGUAAGAGCUAACAUAAGUUUUGUUUUUUUAAAACUUUCUCUAUUAACUUAAAAGUAAUUUUAACCUUUUUAUCUCCUGCUUAUCUUUUAUCUUUCAGUCAUGUCUCUUACAGUUACUUUGAUCUCUCUUAGUUACUUCAUCUCUCUUACAGUUACUUUCAUCUCUCUUACUGCUACUUCAUCUCUCUUACAGUUACUUCAUCUCUCUUACAGUUAUUUUCAUCUCUCUUACAGUUAUCUUCAUCUCCCUUACAGUUACUUCAUCUCUCUUACAGUAGUUUCAUCUCUCUUACAGUUAUUUUCAUAUCCCUUACAGUUACUUCAUCUCUCUGACAGUUACUUUCAUCUCUCUUACAGUUAAUUUCAUGUCUCUUACAUUCAUAGUUUUAUCAUUUGAAAUCUGUCUCUUGCAGUUGUUUUCAUCAUCUGUGUUGGUGUCUGGGGCUUCCGUGACCCUUACCUCGGCUACUCAUUCUACUUCAGCGUGGCCAGUCUCUUCCUCGUCGCCAUUGGCAGCGUGGUGAUCUUCAUGCAAGGCAGACGAUCCGGACUGUCUUACAUGCCCAUCAGAUAGAAGAAACAUGACUCGGUGAUCAAGUGUACAGGAUGGGAGAGGAUGUGCCAGCAAGGGGGCUCCUACGACAUUUGUGUUUGUUAAAAAGCAUUUUUCCCCGCUCCAUUUUCAUGACACAAGUGCAUUUCUAUGAUUGUAUACUAUUUGCACAGCCCAGGAAUGUUCUAGAAAGAGAAAAAUACUUGCAGGUUCUCACUCUAAACCACCCUCCGUCUACAUUUCCUCUUUACCCUUAUUUCCAGUUGAGACUAUCUCCUACCCCUCCCUCUCUCUUUUUUCUACCUUCUCCCUUCCUCACUCCCCCUCUAUUCCCCUUUCUCUCCCUUUCCGCCACGCUUCCCUUCUAUCCCUAUCCCCUCUCUCAUUCACUCUCUCUCCCUCCUGUAAAUACCGUUUUAUUAACCAAACUGAAUUUUUGUCAAUGAUAGAGAUUCAGAGGAAAGAGUCUGAGACAAAAGAAGUUUGGUGGAAGUUACAGUGUUGUAACGUCAUUAAGCUGUUUCAAUGUGGCCAGGCAACUCUCUCCCCCCUUCACCCUCUCCUAUCCCUAUCCUUCUCUCUCCCUCCCUCCCUGAUUCACUCUCUCUCCAUCCCUCUUUAUAAAAUACACUUGCUACCCUCUUGGAUACCACUUUUCAGCAAAGUGCUACUUAAAAAAAAAAUCUUUUUUAUUGUUGUUUGUUCGCUAAUGAAGACUUUUUGACGACAUUUUGACAACGAUGUUUAGUCGCAUUCUUCUUUUACAGGUUUUCCCAUACUUUGUUUUACUCAUUUCCCUUUGUCCUGAGUAUUAUUUUGUUUGUUUGCCAUCUGCAUAGCCAAUGUUGAUCGUUACAUCAUGUCAACUUUUGUACUCAACAUUUCAUUUACUUUGUAAAUAAUGUUAUUUAAAAAUGAAAAUUGCUUCUUUCAAACUGAUUACAAUUUAAUGUAUACUUCGUGUCUGUUUAAUUUUGUGCCACAACUGUCUGAUUAAUAAAUUUCUACUCCAACCGGCUGACUUAGUGAAUGGUGAUUUUAAACAAUAAUGAUGUGUG